AUGGUGGCUUCUGGCGAAGAAAACGUUUCAAGUGAAGAGUCUGAUGACAAUAUACAAGAGAAAGUGUGUAUGAUGUGCGUUAAUCCACCAGCAAAUCCCAAGAUUGUACCAUUUUCGGCCAGGACAUGGAAUACAUUCUUAAAAUAUGUCCCAAAAUGGAAAUCUUUAGAUGGAGAUCAAGCCGAAGUUGCGAAUAAGUUUAUUGAUAAACAUGCAGAAUUCAACAUCGAUAACGUCGUUGAUGCAAAUGCAAUUCCAAUUCCACUACAUGGUGGAUAUCAUCAGAUGUGUUACACACGGUUUACCGACUCGUAACGUGUUAGAAGAGUGAUAAAAAGCAUGCAAAAAUUAGCUAACAAAGGUAGGUUUAUUAAAAUUAUGUCUACUAUUAGACAUGACAAUGAGACAUGGUUUAAUGCAAUAGAGUGAAACCUUUUAUGAAUUUAAUCUUAUUUGUGAUUAAAGUUAGCACGCGUGACUUUAUUGAAAGGAUAGAAAUACACAUUGCUGUGACAAAGGGGAUAAGUUAAGACCAUUUCGCAAUUGCUUUUGCUUUUGUCAAUGUUUAGCCCCAGGGGAGGGGGGCCGGGCGUACCCAGGGGAUUUGACUGGGUUUGCUUUCCGGUGGAUGGGGAAUAAUAAGAAAUUUGACGUUUUCUUAUGACCGCAGGGUGGAGGAAUUUGACGUUGUCGCUGAAUUGCAAUUCAUAAUCUUUAUCAUAUAAAUUUAUUGUAGAGGUUUUACAAAGCACUGAACAUUGCAAAUUUACUUCCUGGGGAGGGGUCAUUUGACACAACAGAUUGUCCCCUGGGCAGGGAAAUUGAGAUGAGAAUAAGGCAAAAAGUCAAAUUCCCUGGGGCUGCUCGGCCCCCUUCCCCUGGGGCUAAACAUUGGCAAGUGCAUUAGGCCACUCCAAUUUAGACUUAAUACCAGUUUUUCAGAUUAUUCAUAUUUAUGGUGACUAUGAUUUGAAUUUUGAAACCUUUUGCUGCUAAUGAUAGAUUGAGCGAAUACAUUUUAAUUUAAUUACCAUGUAUUUUGAGAGUCAUUAUCAGUAAUUAGUUCAUAUUUGUGCGGAUAUCUAUUGUUCUCAAUAGGGUUUUAUUUGGGUAAGAAUCUAAAAGCAAGGGGAGGGAUUUGAUAUCUCCACAGGGAAAAGCGGGGUUGAUGAAUAGAAUUGAAUGCCUAAUUAAAAAUGCAAGGUAUCUAACUGCAUAGUGACCCCUUUUGGAGGUCACUAUGGAGUUAGAUACCUUGAAUUUUUAACCAAACUCAAACCCCACAUCUCCUUUUCGACUAGAAAACGCUGCACGUCUCUGAGUCGAGAAAGAGACAACAGCCGUGUACCUCAAAGCCCGUCAAACUCUACCUUUGGGUAGAAUAUUUAUCAUUCGGUGCACGAGGACUAGCUGAACCGACCAUCAAACUUGCUUGUGCAAGGAAUUUAUACAGUAAUAUCUGCUCUUUCGCUUGUGGGACGCGAAAUGAUAUACUACGCAUGCUCAACCACAUUAAAGCGUGUUUAAUGCGCAUGUUCAACCUUAUUUCGUCCCACAACCUCCCAAGGACAAUAAAAAAUGGUCGGUCUUUCAUUGAAAUUCAAGCCUCGGCGCUGCACGCCUCGGUCUUGAAUUUCAAUGAAAGACCUCCCAUUUGGUUUUUAUCCUGCAAAUAAAACCCUGUUGAGAACAACUUGAGAAUCUCUGCUUCGACAAACCCGUACAAAUCUUCGUUAACUCUUCUCGGUUGUAUGAGCUAUUUCAAACAUAUUUCAUCGUAAUUGUGGUUGGUGAACGAAUAUUUAAUCACUUCUCAUUGAUAGUAUACAGUAGUGCGACACGAGAAUUGAUGCAUAUCAAAAUAGCCCUGUUUGUUUUUAUUACAACCAUGGUAAUUCAAACUCAUUUAAAGAACAAUACAUAUCAUAAAGUAAAUUUCAUUGAGGGUCAAUCCUUACAAAUAUGAACUAAGUUAGUUAGAUACCUCAAACGUCGGCUCUUAGUCAGAUAAAUCCCUCGGGGCGUACGGCCCCUCGGGUUUGUAUCUGACUAACAGCCUCCGUUUUCGGUAUCUAACUCUUACUUAUUGCAUGAAUGGAAUACCAGCUUUUGUGAUCACCAGUUUAAUAAUACUUCAAAUGUCUGAUCAGUUUUAUCAUGGUAAAUAAAUUUUAUUAUUGUUAUUGACAUAUUACGAUUAUUUAAAUUCAUGGUGAUUGUGAUUUGAAAUCCUUCGCUGCCAUGUGUUCCCCUGGCCAAUUUUUAAAAAUAAUAGAUUGAGCCAAUAAAUUUUAAUUUACCAUGUAUUUUGAGAGUCAUUAUCAGUAAUUAUUGCAUGAAUGGAAUACCAGCUUUUGUGAUCACCAGUUUAUUAAUAAUACCAGCCAAUCCUUCAAUCGUUGUUAUUGAUGUAUUGUUACUAUUAAAAUUCAUGGUAAUUAUGAUUCGAAAUAGUAAAGAUUGAACCAAUCUAGUCUUAUUUUGGGAAAGUACUUUAAUCAUAUUUAUUUACCAUACAUGAAUUCAAAUAUUAAUUAUGGAUUGAUCUUUACAGGCAGUUUAUUUUACUAGCAGACUGAUGUUCAAUUCACCAAAAAUUAAAAUUAUGUAUCCUUUAAUUCUUUAUGCAACAUGUAGCUUGACCAUUUAACGAUUAAAUCUUUUAUAUUAUGCCACAUCCGGAGUUUUUCUCUGUUGAAUCGCAGCAUCAUACACUGAUCCUCUAAACUGUGUACAGGUGCAAGAUGACAAUUUUAAACCAGAGAAGAUACGGGCGCUACGUUCCAGCAUUGACCGACCUACAUUGCAGUCUAGAUCACAGCAUGUGUUACCGAACAUAUGCGUUCUUUGUCAGAAAGAAAAGACGAUCACAUGCCAAAUCACUUGUAAAAGGAAAAAUGAACAUCAUGUGAAAUGUUCUACUAUAGAUGUCGUUAAUUUGAAGCAAGCAGCAGAGGACAACAAAAAUGAAGCCCUGCUCAUGCAGAUCAAGGAUAAGGAUUGUGUGGCUAUUGAGGUAAGGUAUCACAAUUCUUGCUACAAAGAUUACACCCGCUACCUUACCAAACUACAAUCUGAUGACACAAGCAAGAAUGAUAUACAUCUUAUUCAGUGGCAUUUGAAGUAUUUUGUCAGAAGGUGAAAUCCAGCAUCAUUGAAAACAAAGAUAUAAUGAGACUGAAAACACUCAAUGACAUGUUCAUCAAACAGGUUAAAUUAACACAUGGAAAAGAAGCAGAUUCCUACAAAACUGGCAAUCUGAAGACGCGUUUAAUGAAGAAAUUUCCUCAGUUGUGUUUCAUUACCCCACGCAUGAGAUCGCAAAGCGAAAUAGUAUAUGUUAAUGACAUUUCGACAGCUGCACUUAUAGAGGAGAAGGAAUUGCUUCAAGAUGCAAUGCACAUCACUGCAGACAGAGAGGAAGAUUCGACGAAUGAAAUCGUCAAAGCCCCAACACCGUCCAAACAGAGUAACAUCUUCGAUGCCCAAACAAACAAACUUAAAGACAGCUACAUGACAGCAUUUGAGUUAAGAAAUAUCAUAAAUGAAGUAAAACCAACCAUGUCCUGGCCUCCAACUUCAGAACACCUGAAUAAAAAACAGCAGAAACAUUAGUUCCAUGCAGCCUCUACAGCUUCAACGCAUGUACAGUUGGAGCAUGAGAAGAGCCAGAUUUUGGGAAAUUUGUUGAAGUAACUCCAUCAACUCAUAAGAAGCUUCUGUGUAUUUCACAAGACAUCAUUUCCCUUGCCUCAAAAGGACGGAAAUUGAUGCCAAAACACAUGUCACUAGCCAUGGCUAUUCGUCACCUCUCAGGAUCUGCACAGUUGAUCGGCUUGUUGAACGUUUUUUUUCCAUUGUGUUUCACACUCUGUUACAUUGAACCAUGACACUGCACUAGCCAACCAGGAAGUCAGACGUGGAGUUGAUGCGCUUCCUUUGUCUAUACAGCCCAGGAUACCAACUAUCAUUGUUUGGGACAAUAACGACUUUGGUGAGGAAACCUUGUCGGGUCAUGGAACGACUCACAACACAAAUGGAAUAGUUAUUCAGCAUGGCAACACCACUGCAUCGAGAACUGAUCCUCCAAAUGCAUCGACAACUGAUCCGCUAAAUGCAUCGACAAAUGAUCUUCCAAGUGCAUCGACAACUGAUCCUCCAAAUGCAUCGACAACUGAUCUUCCAAAUGCACCGACAACUGAUCCUCCAAAUGCAUCGACAACUGAUCCUCCAAAUACAUCGAGAACUGAUCCUCCAAAUGCAUCGACAACUGAUCCUGCAAAUGCAUACACAACUGACCCUGCAAAUGCAUCCACAACUGACCCUCCAAAUGCAUCCACAACUGAUGUCCUAGAGAAGAGAACACGGAAGAGGUCAAUGGAACCACCACUAGCAAAUCUUGCCACAUAUUAUGGGGGGAAACACGAAGGUCCUGCACCAUUUGCCGCAGGGAUUUCAUUGGAGGAGUCAACAUAUGCACCGCUACUAAAGAAUCCUUAG